AAACUUUCUGCAGUUACGUUUGAGUUACACACAAAUUAAACUGAACAUGUGUAGCUGAAGAUUAUUGAGAAAGGGACUCGUAUGUAUACAGUAUAGACGCGUGGAACACUCUUAUGAUUUAAGAGUAACAAAAAUGACAUGUUGUGAUUUCGUAGGUCAUCUUCGUCCAUCUAUUUGUGCCAUAACACAAUUCUCUCUUCAGCACCGACAUUGAAAGAUGGCGGGAAAUUUUGAACUCAUAAACAUGAUAGGUUCAGGGACCUAUGGAGAAGCAUGGCUAGCCAAAUCUCUGAAGAAUGACAAGAAGUGUGUUGUUAAAGUUAUAAAAAUCCUGAAGUUGUCUGAAAAAGAACUGGACCGAUCGCUGACUGAGGUAUCGAUACUAGCCAGAUGCAAUCAUCCGAACAUCAUAAGUUACCUGGAUGCUUAUGUGAAGGAUGGCAACCUCAAUAUAGCAAUGGAGUACGCAGACGGAGGUGAUCUGCACAAAAACAUAGUCAGUCAGAAAGGCAUUCAUUUUGGAAAAGAGGUAAUUUUCGACUGGUUUGUGCAAAUCUGUCUUGCGCUGAAGUACAUACAUUCCAGUAACAUUCUUCAUAGAGAUCUGAAGUCCCAGAAUAUUUUUUUGAACAGUAAGCGUGUUAUCAAGCUCGGAGAUUUUGGGAUUGCUAGGAUUUUACGUGACAGUGGUGACCAUGCUCUGACAACCAUAGGCACGCCGUUCUAUUUGAGUCCGGAAAUAUGUCAACGAAAACCAUAUAACCACAAAAGUGACAUGUGGGCUGCUGGUUGUGUGUUGUACGAGAUGUGCUGUCUACGCGUGCCGUUCAACGCUCCAAACUUCGACUCGCUUGUGAUGAUAAUUCUGCAGGGCAAGUGUGACCCUAUUCCUAGAUAUUUUGGUGCUACAAUGGAGCACCUGAUUCACAGACUGCUGAACAAAGAUCCUGACAUACGGCCAACAGCCAAUGAGAUUCUGUGCAUGCCGCAGCUUCGGUCCUAUACAUUACGGUACGAGCCAGGGGAAGGUCACAAGCGUUUUUCUGUUUUACCAGAAGAUGGACAUAUUCCGACUGCAAACCCUCAAAACGACUCAUCAGAGGUGCAACAGGAUAAAAAGGAACCAAAGGGGGAGACUGAUAAGAUUUCAGUGCAGAAGGAUGGGAGUGUGACUGAUGUUUCCAGGGGGAAGGUUUUAGAGUGUAAACAAGUCAUUGUUGGUACUACAGAUGUGUCAGUAGUGAAGAAGAAAGCCUUGUCCAAAGGUGGACACGUAAAGGAAGCUCCUCGUCCAGGGAAAAAAAUUCCUUUAGCAAGGAACCACACACACUUAGCUCUCCGGAAAAUGUCCGUCAACAAGGUGGAGGAGAAGCAGAUUACUAGCAUACCUAAACAGAAAUCGAAAGAGAGAACCCAGCAGGCAGUAAAAGAAAAUACAAGGAAGAAAAAGUUGUCCAGCGAUAAGGAAAAUAUCGAUCCUGGCCAGGUCUCGAGUAAGACAUAUGCUGUUAAAAACCCAAAGUUCCGACACCUGUCGCAUGCAGCCCCAAGGAUUUGUGGCAUUGUCAGCCGUCAGAGGGCAGCCCUGUCAGCAGAUCUUGAACGAACCAAUCAGAGAAGUUCUAAGAUUAAAACACUGGUAGACACAGACGAGAAACCCGGAGAUUCAGUAGAUGACAUGAGAACAAUGAUUGUAAAGGAUGUUCCCGAUGACAACGAUGAUGAGGUUUUCCAGAAUACAUUAUCCAUGUCUGCAGAAAUUCCGGUUCUCCCAAGUGAACCGCGCGAGCAGCAAGAAAAGAGAAAAUCAUUAGGAAUGCAACCGAACAGUUGGAAGACUUACAUCAAAGGGAAGCAACUCCCCAGGAGGUCUACUUCUUGUGAUAAUGUAGUUCAAUCAAAAAGUUCUGGACAGAAAAUUGGGAAUCGGGCAAUGUCAGAUGGCAAUAUUCAGGGAAACAUGAGGAAAGUGAAUGAAAAAACAUACCUUGUCUCAAAACUGGCCUCUAAAGAUGGAGAUUCCAGACUGGACAAGCUUCCUCCAUCAGGAAAGAGGACUGUAGCUGUGUUUAUUGCCAAAACGUUGUUUUCUGCCAUUCUAGAUACCCAGUCAACCCCCUCAGCUGCUGGGGGAGCUCUGUACUGCCAUCUGGUGGACGUUUUUGGCCAACAGAGGGCGAAGGCAUUGGUGGAGUGUACGUCUCAAUGUCUGACACACCAGAAGGACUUUAGUAUUAUUCAGCAGGAGUUCAGUGAUAAUGAGCUGGUUUACUUUCCUCUAGUGGUUCAGUACCUCACUUUACAGAACGUCACGGACUAGUGGUUCAGUACCUCAUUCUACAGAACGUCACGGACUAGUGGUUCAGUACCUCAAUCUACAAAGCGGCAUGGUCUAGUGGUUCAGGACCUCACUCUACAGAACGUCACGGACUAGUGGUUCAGUACCUCACUUUACAGAACGUCACGGACUAGUGGUUCAGUACCUCAAUCUACAAAGCGGCAUGGUCUAGUGGUUCAGUACCUCACUCUACAGAACGCCACGGUCUAGUGGUUCAGUACCUCACUCUACAGAACGCCACGGACUAGUGGUUCAGUACCUAACUCUACAGAACGUCACGCACUAGUGAUUCAGUACCACACGCUACAAAGCGUCAUGGUCAAGUGGUUCAGUACCUAACUCUACAGAACGUCACGAACUGGUGGUGCAGUACCUCUCUCUACGGAACGUCACGGUCUAGUGGUUCAGUACCUCACUCUACACAUCGUCACGGUCUAGUGGUGCAGUACCUCACUCUACACAACGUCACGGACUAGUGACAUUAUUUUCCUAACUAUAAGGAAGAACAGCUACUAUAUUUUGUAAAUACAUUACGAUAACAUUGACCAGUGAUGAAGCAUAAUAUACUUUCAUUUUACAUAACGCUUGUGAUGAAGUUUGAUAAAAAAAAAACAAAUAAACAUCAUACAUUUUCUACGUCGUCGUUGGAAAGUCUGAAUGAAUGAACAGCAAUAUCGAAGUUUAAUAAAAACGAAAAUAAACAUCAUACAUUGUCUACGUCUUCGUCGGUCACUGGUCUGAAUAAAUGAACAACAAAAUCAUAACUGGUUGAUAAUAUCGAUAUGAAUAAUCUGAAUAAAUCAUGUCGACAUAUAUAAUAUUUGUUAUUAAGAUUUCUUCUUAUCUCACCUGGCCAAAGUGUAAUUGUUCUUAAACUGUGGUUCUUCGCCUGUCAUCCACAAACUCAAACGACUUCUCGGUGGCCAAAAGGUUAAGGGUUGCAUGCUAGGACGAAGGGCAAUGAAGGUUUACUUACUUUAAGUUCGGAGUCAAAUGUGUUUUAAGCUUCAAAUAUAUAUUUCUCUUAAUAACCAAGAAGUUCAGUGUGUUAUGAUAUUAAAUGUU